CCAACUCAAUGACUCUCGGCGUAAGGUUCAUACAGUGUCUUCUUCGAGCUUGAUAGAAUUCAUCGUCCAGUUGACCGUUUUCAACAAGAAGUUCAAUCAAGUGGGUAAUACUACAAACUUCAAAACUUUCAGAGCUUGUUCUUUUUUCUCCAUAAAGAAGAGCAAAAAUGUCAUCGGUAGAAGAACCAUUACAGCUGUAACGCAUAUACAAGCUAGCCGCUUCAUAGAGAAUAACAGGUUCACUGUCAAGAAAAAUUAGCACAUUUUUUCUUUGAGUAAAGACACAAACGAAACCAGCGUUACAUUUCCAUCAUGAUUGUCUUCUUCGGAGCAGACAAAGAGGUAAUACGUCUGAAUCCUGGUACGCGGAUCAAGGGGCUUCCUUCCUAUACAUGUAUGGCGUUUGCUAGUUCGUUGACGCCGAGAGGCACUUCCGCGCUUACAUACCGGAUGUUCCGCGGUAAGUAUAAAGAACAAAAAUACAACCAAAGAUUGACCAUAGGGGAAAAAGGAGUGUCGGAAUGAAAGUUUGGAACCUGAUUAUACAUUCAUGCAUCAAUGCAAGUCGGGCAGUGGCGGAUACUCCGACUCUGUUUCUGAAGGAGAAUGAAACAUUGUAGCAUCGUCCAGUUGUCGUAAUAACAAGUCCUUCAUUGCUGAGUGUGCUUUACUUACACUCUGUUCUGCGUCCUCAACCUUCCUUCUCAAAAUCUUUUGAGAAGAUACCAAGGAGUCGGUAUCAUCUCGAUUAGUGUCUAAUAGGCGCGAAAGUGUAGACGACGAAGAACCAUUUCGUAGUGGAGACGGCGGGGCAGAUUCUGUCAUGGAGUCAUAAGGCAAACUGCGAAAUUCAAGAGUUUUGUUGGGAGACUGACCAUUGCUUUUAUGAGAUUUAAGAUGUUUUGACAAUCGACGAGUGCUUCCAACACUGCUAGCAGUACUAGGUGCUGAUUCUUUAUGGUUCUGACUAAGAGCACGUUCCACGGCAAGGCUUUCUUCUUUCAGCUGCUCGAGAUUGGCAUAGGCCUGUUGAAGUUGCACAUAUGCGCCCACAUAAUCGUUAUGAAAUUUUCUAGUCUGAUUCUUUGAGAACUGAGACGUCCAAGCUUGCAAAAUACCAGUCGUCAAUGGUUCAUCCGCUUUUCCCAAAGAUUCGUCACCAUGUGCCGUACUUUCGUCGGAUGAACUAACACUGGAGAAGGAAACAAACGAACUUCCUCUGUAUAAAACGGCUCUGUGCGGCAUAGCACUUUUAGAUACUUUACAAGUUUGUUUAAGAUUCUUUUUCCUUAAAGAAUGCUACCCAAUUUCAAAAAUGUGCUGGUAAGAGACACAAGUUGACAUCCUGUGUGCAGUGAGUUACCGCGGGAAUUAGAACAUCGCCGCGGUACAUACGCGGGGGUCUCCACCAAACUUGACUUCAUGUAAUAACUGCAGAGGUGGUAAGUGAAGAGUUAUUACAAGAUAAAUAAUGAGCCGCCGUUAUGGGUUGAGCGCAUUUGCAGAUGAUAUGGAAGAAAGGCUUGCCGAAAUUGGUCGGGAAAUUAACGACCAGCAAAAAUCAGAACUCACCAACCAACUUAGUACUUUUCAGGAAGCUUUAAAGGCAUUCGCACGUGAGCAUGCAGCAGAGUUAAGACAGAACGCAUCCUUUCGAAAAACAUUUGCACAAAUGGCUAUUGAAGCAGGGCUGGAUCCACUGGUAAGUGGACCUGGGGCCUCCGCAUGGUCUGCAGUUGGUAUGAGCAACUUUGAUUACCAAGUUGCAGUUCGAGUGAUUGAGGUGUGUCAAGCAACACAACAAGAAAAUGGAGGAUUGUUGUCAGUGAGCACCAUAUGCCAGAAUUUGAACCAAGAAAAUGAAGCCUCUGGGCAGGAAUGGUUAGUGGAACAGGAUAUUGUUCGCGCAGUAAAUAACCUAAAGGUUUUGGGUCCAGGUUGUGUUAUAGAGAAUCUCGGAAAAACCCAGUAUGUGCGGACGCUACCACUUGAAUUGAGUGGCGAUCAAACAAAGGUGUUACAAGCGGCCCAAGUUUUAGGCUACAUAACUGUAGACAUGCUCCGGGACAACUUAGGUUGGGAAUUGUAUAGAUGUCAGUGUGCUUUGAAAGAUUUGGUAGGCAAGUCUUUAGUUUGGGUGGACGAACAAGCAAAACAGCCCGAAUACUGGAGUGCUAGUACACUGUUAGAACGCAGUUAAAUGAUCCGUCGCAUUCCCUGGGAAUUAUGUAUACAUAUGAUUUUGCGUUAAGCAUUCCCAAUUGCGGUUGGAUAUUAUGGACAUUACACCCCUUAUGAACAUUUAUACCCUUUAUCUGAAAUUAGCGAGAAGGAACUUCAAAUGACUUUGGGGAAUACGGGGUUGUUGUGAAUACAUAUCGGUACGGCUGCCACCCUCUUGACUCAAUUUCCUUUUCCUGAAUGUCCACAUGCACAAGUUCAGGUGCUUCUUGUGGACGUGGAAGAGUAAUAAGACUCACUUCUGACAUUGCUGGUGUUGGUCGAUAUGGAAGAGAGCGGUUGGAACGUUGAAUAUAGAACGCUGAUCGCAUUGGAUGUCUCAACGAUCUGCGUUCACGCGAAAAUAAUAGCUGUAGUCUCAGGAAAGCACUUGUUUCAUUCAGAGCAUUACGAAGCGGUAAUAUACAUUCAUCAUGACUUUUAGAGAUAGCAUUGUCGAGUGGAACACGGCCUUCACCUACAACAACAGGCAUUGUUUCCGUUUGACAUAGUAAUGAAACAUCCAAAACGAGGGGAGACGUGUGGGUUGUGAUGGGG